AUGUCAUCUUCAAAUGUUGAUUGGAAGCCACGGGUUGGUAUGAAAUUUGAUAAUAUAGAUGUGGCUUAUCAAUUUUGGCUUACAUACAGUGUCCAUGCUGGUUUUGGAGUUAGAAAACGUUAUGCGAACAAGAAUAAAGACGGCACUAUAUCAUCUUGUAGGUUUGUUUGCUCCAAGGAAGGGGUACGAAAGAUAGACAAGAGAGAUGUUUUUGUUAACAUCCAUAAAGCCGAGACUAGAACGGAUUGCAAAGCAAGAAUUUCACUUGUAUGCCAAAAUGGAAAUUUUGUCAUCCAUGAAUUUGUAGAGGAUCAUAACCAUCCUCUACAACUUCCAGAGACAACACACAUGCUUGCAUCACAUAGGAAGAUAACUGAAGUCCAAGCAUAUGAGAUUGAUUUGGCUGAUGAUUCUGGAUUAAGGCAAAAGUCAACAUUUCAACUUAUGAGCACACAUGCAGGAAACAGAGCAAAUCUUGGAUUUACACGGUUGGAUGUGAAAAAUUACCUCAGUGCAAGAAGACAAAGAAGUAUGAUGUACGGAGAUGUUGGUUGUCUUUCACAAUAUUUUCAACGACAAUUGUUGGAAAAUCCGUCUUUUUUUCACGCAUACCAAAUGGAUAUAGAAGAACAAAUCACAAAUGUGUUUUGGUGUGAUGCAAAUAUGGUGUUGGAUUACGGGUAUUUUGGUGACGUUGUGUCAUUGGACACUACAUAUUGUACCAAUCAUGCUAAUAGACCGCUUGCUUUGUUUUCCGGUUUCAACCACUAUAGGAGUUCGAUCAUUUUCGGUGCAGCACUAUUGUAUGAUGAGACAAUUGAGUCAUUUAAGUGGUUGUUUGAUACAUUCUUACAAGCACACAACCAUAAAAAACCAAAAUUGAUACAAAUGGGAAAAGUGUACACGCACGUUGUAUUUGAGUUGUUUCAAAACGAGUUUAAGUUAUUCCUAGCUUUAUCGAUAUUAGAGAGAAAUGAGUCUCACUCUUUAUGUGAAUAUGUCAUAACUAUGGUUAACCAUGAAGGAUUUUGGAGAGUGUCAUUCGAUCGUGCUUCAACCUCUAUUACUUGUAGUUGUCGAAAGUUUGAGACAUUUGGCAUACUUUGUUCACAUGCAUUGAAAGUGUUUGAAGCAAAUGAUGUGAAGGUCAUUCCUGAGAAGUAUAUUUUAAGAAGGUGGGCAAGAGAAGCUCGUUGUGGCAUUGUGCACGAUUUUAGGGGAAAAGAGGUUGAAGGAGAUCCAAAGUUAUCUCGAACACGGAAGUUUAGACAAGUUGUCUCUAAAUUUAUUAGAGUGGCGGCCGAGGCAUCGCCUUGUGAAGAACACCUUAAGAUUGUUGAUAACUAUGUAGAUGUCAUGUGUAAGAAAAUAAAGGAAUGUCGCUUACAAGUCAUAGACAAUGAAAUUAAUGAGAACCCGACAUUUGUGAGUAAUAAUGUUAUGCAACCAACGGGGUUCAAGAUACGGCCUAACUUAAAGAGACACAUGCAUAAGCGUCCUAAGAGUUUUAUUGAAAAGAAAAAAGCUCCGUCUAGAAGGAAAAAAGCUCAGGUAUAUAAGUUAAUAUAUGGAUCAAUUUUUUAAUUUUACAUGCAUUAUGCUUGGUUUUAAUUUAAAAAAUAAUUUUAGGAUAAACUUGGAGAAAGUCACAUGCUCGACAAAGUAUCUUGUUCAGCACCUCCAACUUAUGAGCCCCCACAAACACAAAAGGAUCAGUUCAGUUUCACAACAUUGUUGAUGGUAAUUUUAUUUGUGUUUUAAAAUGGAGAAUACUUUCUUUUAAAUCUAUCAUAAUGUUAAUUAGUUUUUAUUAUUAUGUAGGCACCCCUUGAUGAGACAAACGUUCCAACAUUAUACUGAUUGGGAGUGACUGAUUAGGAGUAAUACUUUUGAUAUAUUAAUGAUGUUACUAGAGUUGUAAGCAUUUAGUUCAUAGUGAUAUGUUGCGUAAAGAAUUAGAAGAUGUACCACAUAUGUUCCAUAUCUA